AUGACGUUAUAUCCUCACCCUGUAAUAUUUGUGACAAUUGUAGAAGAUGUGAACAUGACAAGCCCAAAAAGGUUUGAUGGUGAAGUUAUUCUUGUGGAUGAUGUGGCACUAUUUAGUUUUGCAGAAGGGGACUUGAGGGUUUAUAAGGCAAGAAAUUGUUGGCACGUCAACAAACAGCGACUGCAAACUACAGAACUUGCAGUGUGUAUCGAAGGUGGUGCAAAAGAGCGUUUACAACAAGAAAAUUUGAAGUACUAG